AUGAAGUUCUUCGCCGCCACCGCUGUUCUCUUCGCCGCUGCUGCCAUGGCCCUACCUGGUGGCCGGCACCCUGGUGGCGAGCGCCCUGGUCCCUACAAUCCUUGCCCAAACAAUCUCCUCAAGGUCCCCCAGUGCUGCGAUACCGAUGCCCUCGGCCUUCUCGGCCUCGGCUGCAUAGCUCCUCCCAAUAACCGCCCUGGAAGUGUGGGCGCGUUCGCCGACUGCUGCCGCGCUUCAUCUAGACGACCUAAGUGCUGCGCUGUUACCACUGGUCUCGAGGCUAGUGUCCUUUGCAUUGACCCUGAAGGACUUUAA